AUGUCAGAUACUGAUUGUUUGGAAGAUUAUUUAAUGUCGGAAGAUGAGAUGGGUUCCGGGUUCGAGAUGGAAAUGUCUAGUGAAAACGAUGAGCCAUUGAGUUUUCAAGAUGCUGAGCAAGACGAUGAAGAACAAGCUGAUGACGGGCAGGAUAGUUUACAAUUGGCAAUCAAUUAUAAAGACGAAGGUGAUUACAUUAAUGCUGUUAAAUUGUUGCAGAAUUGCAAGGGGGUAGACAGUUUUUUGCUUCUUUUAGAAUGUUAUUCUUUACAAUUCAAAUAUGAUUUAACAAAUGCCCAUUUGAAAGAUGAAAUGAUUUCCACUACUAGUCAAUUCCUCAUGUCAAAUACAAUCCCUGAUGAUAAAAUUGAGCUUCUAAAAUCAAUAAUGAAUCUUUUCUCCAGUUGUCAAUCAGAUUUCAUUUUCGAUAUCCCCUCACAAUCAAUUGAAUUGAAAAAACAAGCGUUGCAAUUUGAAAAACUUUUCAUUUCAAUGUUUCAAGAUAUCCCUUCGUUGACCUCUCUUAUCACUGCAAAAUUACAUCUCAUAAAUAUAUGGAUUGAUUCAUUAUCAGGUUGUCCACCACCGCCCUUCGUCAUUGAUCUAUCCUGUGAGAUUACCCAAUCAUUGAUUGAUCAAAUAGAUUUGACUUUACAAUUAUCUAUAAAUGCAAUCCUCCUGAGGAACUCACUGCAACCGUUACUCCACUUAUCCUCGUUCUUCACUCAAUUAUCAACACUUUUCAAUCAACAUAUCACAUUAAAACAUAAUUCCAAAAUUUUCUUACAAUUAAAUUUCCUCUUGGGAAUUAUAAACUUAUCGUCAGAUUCGCCCACUUUCAAUGAUCAUUUCUAUCAAUGUUUAAAAUUAUUAAACAUCACAACCACAACGUUUAAUAAAGACUUUGAAAAAAUUAUUGCUUCAGGUUUGAUUUGUAAUUCAAUAAUCAUUCAAAAUAACAAUUCCCUCUUGGUUAACCCCUUUGAUUAUGAAGAAUUGAAAAUUGCCGUCAAUUCCCCCUUUAUUCAAAUCUUAUCAAAAUUAUAUCAAAAUUUCAUCAAGAUAAAUUUAAUUGAAUUGCAUUCCAAUUUAGUCGAACUAUCCAAGUUGAAUGCCAUUUUCAUCCCAAUUUGCAACAAGAUCUUAAAACUAGCAAGGUUACAGAAAUUAUCCCAAUCCAUCUCCAAGAUUUACAACUCGUUAACUUUAAUCCAAUUAAUCGACCUUUUGGGUGGCAAUAUGACAAGAGAUCAGUUAUUAAAUCUAUUAAUGGAUUCUGUCCUCACCAAUAACAAUAAUUUAAAUUUUAAAUUGGAUUUAAUUAAUGAUACAAUCCAAUUCUUAGAUACAAAGGGAACUACAGCCAACCUACGAAUUAAAAAUAUUAAUAAUUUCAUUAAUAUAGAUUGGGCAAAUGAUAUUGGUCUAUUACAGAAUAAUAGCCAACCAUCUUUUACUUCGAUUGAUCCAAAUAUAUCGACUGUGUUACCCUUUUUAACUCAGUUGAAAGAAUUGAGAAAUUUAAACACUAUAGAGGAAAAAAAUUCAUUCUAUCAUUCCAAAUUUAAAGAUUUCUUAAAUUGUUCUUAUAACCGUUUACAAGAUAAAAAUUAA